CAGGUUCUCCCUGUGAGUGUGGACUCCGGAAGCAAGCCAGCUGCUCAGUGCUGGAGGGAGGGGGCUUGCCCAAGCCACCAGCGCUGGGAUGUGUGCAGUUCAGGGUGGAUGCCCUGGGACACCCCACGCUUCUGGUCACCCACCCUAGGGCCACUCAGGUAACUGCAGGCUCUGACGGCGGCGGGGUCACCCAAUUAGCCCCUCCAGGCAGAGUCCAGAUGUGGUGAGGAUUGCCUUCUCCGGGCCUCAGUUUCCCCACCUGGGCGCAAAGGACGCUUAGCUCCUACCCUCUGGCCCUAGCUUAAUCUGAGGCCUGGUCAUCCCAGAGGACCAGGGCUACAUCCUCCUGGGACAGACACCACACCACAGGGUUGGAGGCAGGAGUGGGGGUUCCUACAGAGAAGCUCUCACCAAAGACAGUGACCACACUCAGCGUGUAUGGCUCUGUCCCCACUGCUGGUGACCCCCAGCCAUUCCGGUCCCCUCUCUGGACCUCAGUUUCUGUUCUGAUUUGUUUUGCUAUGCCCCGCCUACCGACACAGGGCUCAGAUGUGUGAGUCAGUUGCAGUUUCCCCGUGGAUCCCAGGGCCACCUAUCAGUCACCGAGUACAGAGUCCUGGGCCCUACCCUAGGCUCACAGAGCAGAAUCUGUGGAAGUGGAGCCUGGGGACCUGCAUUACAGAGCACCCAGGUGACCCUUACACAGGCCUGGAGAAGCUACUGACAAUCAUGGUGAGCUUCCUGUAAAAGGGGACUGUGCCAUGGCCAACGCAGAGGAGAAGCUCAUGGACUACCUUCUGAACAAAACCCGCUACAACAACCUCAUCCGGCCAGCCACCAGCUCCUCGCAGCUCAUCUCCAUCCAGCUGCAGCUGUCCCUGGCCCAGCUCAUCAGCGUGAAUGAGCGAGAACAAGUCAUGACCACCAAUGUCUGGCUGAGACAGGAGUGGACCGACUACCGCCUAGCGUGGAACAGCUCCUGCUAUGAGGGUGUGAAUAUCCUGAGGAUCCCCUCAAAGCGAGUCUGGCUGCCUGACAUCGUGCUUUACAACAAUGCCGACGGGACCUACGAGGUGUCUCUCUACACCAACGUGGUGGUGCAGGCCAAUGGCAGCGUCAUGUGGCUGCCCCCCGCCAUCUACAAGAGCGCCUGCAAGAUCCAGGUGAGGCACUUCCCCUUCGACCAGCAGAACUGCUCCCUCAAGUUCCGCUCCUGGACCUACGACCAUACGGAGAUGGACAUGGUCCUCAAGUCUCCCACGGCCAGCGUGGACGACUUCACCCCCAGUGGCGAGUGGGACAUCAUGGCCCUCCCAGGCCGGAGGACGGUGGACCCGCAGGACGCCAGCUAUGUGGACGUGACAUACGACUUCAUCAUCCGCCGCAAGCCGCUCUUCUACACCGUCAACCUCAUCGUCCCCUGCCUGCUCAUCACGUCGCUGGCCAUCCUGGUCUUCUACCUGCCGUCCAACUGCGGCGAGAAGAUGACGCUGUGCAUCUCCGUGCUGCUGGCGCUCACCGUCUUCCUGCUGCUCAUCUCCAAGAUCGUGCCGCCCACGUCCCUCGACGUGCCACUCGUCGGCAAGUACCUCAUGUUCACCAUGGUGCUGGUCACCUUCUCCAUCGUCACCAGCGUGUGCGUGCUCAACGUGCAUCACCGCUCACCCAGCACGCACACCAUGGCGCCCUGGGUCAGGCGCUGCUUCCUGCAGCAGCUGCCCACCUUCCUCUUCAUGAAGCGCCCUGACAGCAGCGCCCCCACAGCUCCCGGGCCCAGCCAGUGUCACCUGACCCCGUCUGAGGCCUCGACCGCAGGCCCUGCCAGCUCCCCCAGCCUCUACAGGGGCUCCGCGUACUUUGUGAGUCCUGCCUCUGCAGCUCCCAAGUCUCCUGCUGGCGGGACCCCCAGAGAUGUCCGGCUGCUGUCUUCUGGGAGGUUCCAGCAGGACAUGCAGGAGGCUUUAGAGGGCGUCUCCUUCAUCGCGCAGCAUAUGAAGAGUGACGAUCAAGACGAGAGCGUCGUGGAGGACUGGAAAUACGUGGCCAUGGUGAUCGACCGGCUGUUCCUGUGGGUGUUCGUGGUUGUGUGUGUGCUGGGCACCGUGGGGCUUUUCCUGCCGCCCCUCUUCCAGACCCACUCGCCAUCCGAGGGGUCCUAGGCUGCCCCGCCUGUCCCAGGACCCCGGCUCUGGGGUGAGGUGAUGUGGGCAGCCAAGUGGACAGUUCGCUGUUUCCUUCUGGGUUGCAGCUGCUGAGGCCCUAAAUGAAUAUGAGACCAACGGCCAUCAACCCAUCAAAAAGCCACAGCAUGGGAAGGGGAGGACUGGGGACCUGGACUGUCCCUUCUGAAGGCCCCGGGGAAGCCAGGAAACCCUGGCAGGAGGGGGCUUUGGACAGUUUAGUUCUGGCCAGUCGUUCUCCCUGCACCAGAAUAAGGACAAGCGUAACAGCAGCACCUACUGUAUGCCGGGCAUGUUACCGCGCACCCUGUUUCUCCCCACUCCCCCUUAUGCCCUGGGCUCACUGGCCUUCUUCAGUCCCUCACACACUUCAGGACCCUUCCCAGCAGACAGCCUGUGCAUCUGCAGUAACUUCUGCCCAAACCUGCCUCCCCGCGUGCCUCCCAGGCUCUUCCCGUGGCUGCAUCAUCCAGGGGUCCACUCCAACCCACCAGUGUCCUUACACCACUUCCCCAGAGGCCUCCGAACUCACCCAUUCCAAACCAUCCUCCCUCAUAGCCACGGCCACGGCGACGGCCACGGCCCCGCCACCUCCCUCGAGCUCCCAGGACCUGAGAUUCUCACUCGCUUGCAUGCUCAUAGUCCACGUUCACCCACUAGAAAGUGAGCUCCGUGAGGGCAGGAACCAGGUCCUUCGUGUUUGUUGUGGCAUCCCCGGGGCCCAGGACAGAGCCCGGCACC